CUUUUCUCUGCUCAGCGAACAAGACCACGCCAAAAUUCUUCUCCCUCAUCACCUAAACAUAGCUUCAGAAAUCAGGAGAAACCAUAGCUUCAAAAAUGAGGAGAAUCGGGUCUCUGGGUCUAGUCAUUGGUGGCCUUACAAAUGCACAACAUCACCGGAAGAAACUAGCUGCUGAAAUUGACCAUGAGCUUAAGUAGGACGCCGGUCGCUGGGGCUGCAUCUGGCCGUUUCCCGUCUUCUCUCCCAUCAACGCCCUUCCUCAGCUUUUCUUCCCUGAACUCUUACAUGUUUGCAGCAGUGAGUUUUAGCAUUUCGCUUUGUCCUCACUCCACUCACUGCUCCGGCAUCAAUGAUUUCAUUGCCUCUCCCGCACUGCCUUCGUGGAACCGUGAAAUACUUAUAUCUACAGAGAGAGUACUUUUCCACUUUUUACUUUUCCACUUUUUAGAUUUGUACUUCUAUUUGGUGGAUAUAGUACAUCCGUUAAAUUUGUUAGGUGCACAAAACACGGAUAAUUUACUUCUCAAUAGAAUGUAAUAAAAAUAAAAGUAUAAAAAUAAUUAAAUUAAAUAAAGUCUAUGUGCACGGAUGACUAUUUAUUGUUGUGGUUGCAAUAAUUGCUUAUUUUAAUAACAAUCCAUAUUACUACGGAGUAAGUAGUAGAUUCUGAAAAAGUUACCAAAUAAGGUGGAUUUUAUCCUACGCGACGACGGUCUUUUGUUUCCAUAUCAAUAUGUAAUAAAAAAUAGAAUGUAAUAAAAA